CCGCCCGGCCCGGAGCUCCCCACGUGCGGUCCCCGGUGAGGGCGGCCGGCGGUGCCCAGGGCUGAGCCUCCAGGGGCCGCCGCCAUCCCCUGCCCCAUGGUGCUGCUGCGGAAGCUGCCGGGCAUGCCGGGCUGGCCGGCGGCGCUGGGGCUGCGGCUGCCGCAGAAGUUCCUGUUCCUGCUCUUCCUCUCGGGCCUGCUCACGCUGUGCUUCGGGGCCCUGUUCCUCCUGCCCGAUUCAUCCCGCUUCAAGCGCCUCUUCCUACCCCGCCGGGCCACCGCCUCCGCCUCCUCUUCAUCCUCCGCCUCCUCGUCCUCCGCCUCCUCCUCGUCCACCCGCGACACGGAGCUGCCCCGCAGCCCGCCCGCCGCCGCCGAGCCCCGGCACGCCAGCCCCGCCGCCCCGCGCCGCCCGCGGGAGAAGCUCCGCACGGCCGCCCGCAUGGCCGGCCCGAACCGCACCGCGCCCGGGCCCCGGCAGCAGCCGCAGGGCGGGGAGAGCCGGGCCCAGCCCGCCGGCAGCGAGCCCCCGGCCCGGGACACGCGCGCUCCGUUCCGCUUCGACUACGAGCGGUUCCGCCGCAGCCUCCGGCACCCGGUGCGCGGCGGGAGGCGCGGAGAGGACCCCGAGACCCGCGCCCGCAGGAUGAAGAUCAAAGAGAUGAUGAAGUUUGCCUGGGAUAACUACAGGCAGUACGCCCUGGGCAAGAACGAGCUGCGGCCGCUGAGCAGGAACGGCCACAUCGGGAACAUGUUCGGAGGCCUUCGAGGAGCGACUGUGAUCGAUGCCCUGGACACCCUGUACAUCAUGGAGCUGCAGGAGGAGUUCCAGGAGGCCAAGCAGUGGGUGGAGCAGAGCUUUGACCUGAACGUGAACGGAGAAGCUUCGCUGUUCGAGGUGAACAUCCGCUACAUCGGGGGGCUCCUGAGCACCUACUACCUGACUGGAGAGGAGGUGUUCAAGAACAAAGCUCUGCAACUUGGAGAGAAACUUCUGCCAGCCUUCAACACCCCUACUGGGAUCCCUCGAGGAGUCAUCAACCUGGGCAGUGGCAUGAGCUGGAGCUGGGGCUGGGCCUCUGCUGGCAGCAGCAUCCUGGCAGAGUUUGGGACCUUGCACCUGGAAUUCCUGCACCUCUCCGAGCUCUCUGGCAACCCAGUGUUUGCAGAAAAGGUGAUGAACAUCCGCAGGGUGCUCAGCAGAGUGGAGAAGCCCCAGGGCCUUUACCCGAACUUCCUGAGCCCGGUGACCGGGAGCUGGGUGCAGCACCACGUCUCCAUCGGGGGGCUGGGGGACAGCUUUUAUGAAUAUCUCAUCAAAUCCUGGCUGAUGUCAGACAAGAAGGACUCUGAAGCUAAGAAGAUGUACGAUGAUGCCUUGGAGGCAAUAGAAAAGCAUUUGGUGAAAAAAUCUGCAGGAGGCUUGACCUACAUCGCUGAGUGGAGGGGUGGCAUCCUGGAUCACAAGAUGGGCCACUUGGCCUGCUUCUCUGGGGGCAUGAUAGCCCUGGGGGCCCAGCACGGGCCCCAGGACAGCAGGCAGAGGCACAUGGAGCUGGCAGCAGAGAUCACCAGCACCUGCCACGAGUCCUACACGCGCUCAGACACCAAGCUGGGCCCCGAGGCGUUCCGCUUCGACGCGGGCAGCGAGGCCACGGCCACGCGGCUCAGCGAGCGCUACUACAUCCUGCGGCCCGAGGUGGUGGAGAGCUACAUGUACCUCUGGAGGCUCACCCACCAUCCCAAGUACCGCCUCUGGGGCUGGGAGGUGGUGCAGGCCCUGGAGAAGCACUGCAGGGUGGAAUCUGGAUUCUCUGGCAUCAGGGAUGUUUACAGCACCACGCCCACCCACGACAACAUGCAGCAGAGCUUCUUCCUGGCAGAGACCCUGAAGUACCUCUAUCUUCUGUUCUGUGAAGAUGAUGUGCUGUCCCUGGAGGACUGGGUGUUCAACACCGAGGCUCACCCCCUGCCCAUCAACCACACAGACUUUAGAGCAGCAGAGCAGCCCUGAGGCCCUGCCCAGCUCUGCCCCCCAGCCUGGGCACACUCUGCUCUUCCUUCCCACUGAAGGGAUCCCUGCUGUUCCUGAAAUGGCAUUUGGGGCACUGGUCCAGCUGUGGACAGGAUUUCCUUGGGAAGAUGAACCAUGACUAAAGCACCUUCUUUUCCUCUGUGAGGAGCUCUAUUAGGCUGAUGGUGAGAUGUUUAUUCUGGGCCAUACUGUACACAGUUCAUAGACAUUCCUUUAUACAGAGAAUUUAUAUGAAAUCACUGAUUUUGCUUUAUAGUGGCCAAAGGACUGGAAGUUUGCCAUAAAAUAGACUUUACACACACACACACACACACACAUCCUCCUUUCCUUUCUCUGUUUCAUUUCUGCCUUUUACCUGCUCUUGGAUUUCUCCCCUUUCCAGUGAACAGUUCCAGUGUUUGGUGCUGGGCUCUGGGGGCUCUCCAGGAGGGACAGGGGAAUUGGCCUUGGUGUGGAAUUCUUGGGGCUUGAGGAGCUCAGCAGUGAGGAGGGGCCAGGGAAAGGUGAUGGUUUAGUGGGAAAAUAAAGGAUCAGACCCUCCAUGGACAGGAGCAGGCUGGAAUUUGCAGAUUCCAGGCCCUGCUCCUCGUGGGGGCCUGGAGCAGCCUGAGGGGUCACUCAGCAGGACAGGAGCAGGGCAGGAGCUCUGGAGUGGGUUGUGAUUGUGGAUUGUGAUUGUUCCUCCUGCUGCUGAGCCCCCAGGGAGGUCCAGGGCAGCUCUGGUGGGUGCUGAGGGCAGCAGGGAGGGGAAAACUCCAGCAGAGCACCCUGGAGCUCUGCACAGGGACAGGGACAGCCCUGGGGCUGAGCAGGGACAGGGACAGGGACAGGGCCACCCCAGAGUGCAGCUCAGCCAUUCUGUGACUCUGUGCUGUCUAAACUGGAACUCAACCAAAACCUGGCUGCAAAAUCCUUGCUCCUGUUGUAUUUUUAUGAACUUUUUUUCUGUGCUCUUAAAACACAUUUACCACCCAUCACAUCCCAUUUAACUUUUCCUUUUUCUGGGUUUUUUUUUGUGUUUUUCUACUUUUAUUUGGAACUAAAUGUUACGAGUCACUUGUAAUAAUUUUCCUGCUGUAAUAGUCAGAUCUGUGAAACAGAAUAAAAGUCUUGUAAAAUAAAAAACCUGUGGAGGUUGGUCAGACCAGUUACUCCAUGCUGGGAAUGAGA